UUUAUUCUGGAUAAGAGCUUCGCGAAGGUUUGAAACCUCUGAGUGAAGAAGAAGCGCCAUGGCUGGGAUUACCAGCACCGUCGGAUUCAACGCCGUUUUCGCCGGAAUAACCAAAACAGAAUUUUCACAUUCACUAUUCUCCGUCGAUUCCAAACUCUGUGGACUUCGUCUCUCCAAAACCGAACUUUCCUUCGCAAAUCUCACUCCUACUCCUCGCCGUGGCUUCACCGUCACUUGCCGCUUCGGCGGUGGUGGUGGUGGUGGCGGAGGUUAUCGUUUCUCUGGAGAUUCUAGACGAGGUAGGCCUAAAGAAGCCGAAAUUGAUGAAGCGCUUGAUAUCUCCUCAAUUAGGUCAGCUACUGUUAGGCUUAUCGAUGGACAACAAAACAUGCUUGGUUUAGUGUCUAAAGACGAAGCUGUUCGAAUGGCUGAUGAUGCUGAGCUUGAUCUGGUGAUAUUAUCGCCUGAUGCAGAUCCUCCGGUUGUUAAAAUGAUGGAUUACAGUAAAUACAGAUACGAACAGCAAAAGAGGAAAAAAGAUCAGCAAAAGAAAACCACUCGCAUGGACUUAAAGGAGCUUAAAAUGGGUUACAACAUUGAUCAGCAUGAUUAUUCCGUUCGGUUAAGGGCUGCCCAAAAGUUCUUGCAAGAUGGUGACAAGGUUAAGGUGAUUGUGAGCAUGAAAGGACGAGAAAACGAGUUCAGAAAUAUCGCUAUUGAACUCCUCAGACGUUUUCAAACCGAAAUAGGGGAGCUUGCGACUGAAGAGAGCAAAAACUUCAGGGACAGAAACUUGUUCAUUAUCUUGGUACCAAACAAGGAAAUGAUUCGGAAACCACAAGAACCACCCUCGAGAAAGAAGAAAAAACAAUCGGAAAACGAAGUUUCAGCUGCAGAAAUAACGGCUGAGCCUCUACAAAUCGAGUCUGGAGUUUAAAUCUUGUGGUAAGGAUUUUGAGAGCUAAAGUAAAGUUUUGUAUAUUUACUUUCCUACCAUGUCUCAAGAGAGUCAAGAGCUGUAUAACAGAUAGAAUUAGUCCUAUUUGAAUGAUGUUCUUCUUUGUAGAUCUUUUCUCUAAUCUAUUUUUUGUUUAACUUCU